ACUCUGAUUCACACAUGCUUGCUUAUUAGGUUGUUUGUUGUUAUUGUGUCGAACUGCUUCAUUAGAUCAUACGUACAUUACAAAUCAUGGACUUUGCUGCGAUUUUAAAAGCUGAAGUGGAUCGUAAACGUAAAGUUAUUGAGAAUAAAAACGUAUUAAACCCACAAAAGAAAUAUUUCAAAAGAGGAGAUUUAGAAAGAAAGGAAAGAGAGGAAUAUGAAGCAAAACAUAACGUUAAAAGGUUGGAACCUGAAGCCAGCACUUCUGCUGUUAAAGAAUCUCCAAGUGAUGAACUGACACCAGGGUUGGAUGAAGGAAAACUACCAAUGACUUUGUCAAGACAAGAAGUUGUAAAGAGACUGAGAGAAAGAAGUGAACCAAUUCGUCUUUUUGCGGAAUCUGAUUAUGAGGCAUUUCAACGACUUAGAAAACUGGAGAUCAUGGCACCUGAUAUCAACAAAGGAUUGAGAAAUGAUUUUAAAGUUGCAUUAGAUCAGCUUGAACAAGAAAAUAUUGAUGAAAUGAUUAAACAACAAACAGUGGGAAACUCGGGACAGAAUGUGACAGUUGAGACACUAGAUGAUGAUGUUACGCUGGAAUCUUUGCAGAAAUUGUCCAAGAAUCUUGGUCGUGGAAAUGACAAUGAAGAUUGUGACGUCAUCUUGAAAACAAUGAAGUUUCUAUUAAAAUGUUGGGCAAAAGAAUUGAAUGAAAUUCCUGAAGAAAACAAGAAAGGAAAAUGGAAAAUUCAGUCGGCAAUUCAUCGUCAAACCCAAACCUAUCUAAGCCCCUUGUUCAACCAAUUGAAGAAUAAAACUGUGGCAACCGACAUAUUGGAAUAUCUCUCGGGAAUUAUAAAGCAUAUUCUUACAAGGGAUUAUGUAAAGGCAAGUGCAAUAUAUCUUCAAAUGGCAAUUGGAAAUGCCCCAUGGCCAAUUGGUGUCACAAUGGUGGGGAUCCAUGCCCGUACAGGAAGAGAGAAAAUUUUCUCACAACAAAUCGCUCAUGUGCUUAACGAUGAAACGCAAAGAAAGUUCAUUCAGGGACUUAAAAGAAUCAUGACAGCCUGCCAGAGAAUUUUUCCAACAGACCCUUCAAAAUCACUCGAAUAUAACGCAACGCAACCAUUAUGAUACAGAAUUCUUAAAUAUGUUUAAAUGCUGGAAUUUGUUAAUGUGAAUCAGUUCAAAAAAGGCACUACAUAAAAAUGCAUAGCAGAUAUGCGAGUUCAUAAAAUGCGUUAAUGUGUAUUUUAAAAUAAUUUCUCUAAAAAUUUUAAACUUCUAACAUGGGUUUCUCAUCUUCUGCUUCAGAAACUUCCUUUUUAGGAAGUUUUGAAGCAAAUCUAAAAACAGUUUUAUUACUUGAGUUUAUUACUUUUUGUAAACUGAUAUUUGAAUAAAAAUGAA